AUGCCUGAGGGUUCAUCAAAAACAAUAUCUAGGGAUUCGGUACAACCACCAGCAAGAACGAAAUCAGCCAACUCCACGCCACCUUUAAACUCACCUGGCUCCAGUCGUCCGUCAUCCCCACUUGAACCUCCAACUCGAUCACAACAGCAACAACCCACUAGAAGACCAUCAUUUGGAUUAAAUUUCUUGAGUAAUUUUGGAAUGCGUUCACAUAAUGCUUCGUCCGAAGCUCCAGGAGCGUCGUCAUCAUCAUCGUCACAACCAUUAAUGUCAAAUAGUCCCACAUUAGGUAAUAUACAUCAGUAUGCUAAUGACGACAUUUCAGGCAAUAAUAAUAAUAAUAAUACCACAAUCAAUGCAGGUAGUAGUAUUACUUCACCGACUGGACCAUUAGAUGAUGAUGAUGCAGGGGAUAAUAUGAUUGAUGAAGAGAAUAUGGAAGAAAUUAUUGCUGAUGGGGUAGAACAUCAAGAUGAUCAACAAACACCUUCACCGCAGGAACAGGUACAAGCACCCCAGGAGCAAUCAAAUAGACCGCCACAGGAAGCUACUUUUGUUGAUGAAGAAAACAAAGGAGGGUUGGAUAAAGAUGGGUUAUACUCUGUGAGAUUAACACCAUUGAUAGAUCAUUCAUCGUCGUCAUCGGGUCUAUAUUUUUCACCUGUUAUUCGGAGGUUACCACCAAAGAGUACCAUUAAUAUUGGAAGAUACACUGAAAAGAACAAGGCUGCUGCACAUGCACCACAGGGUUCUUCUGCGCCAAUUGUUUUCAAAAGUAAAGUAGUAUCCCGUACCCACGCAUUGUUUUUUUGUAACGAAGAUGGACAGUGGUUUCUUAGAGAUACCAAGAGUUCAUCAGGGACUUUUCUUAAUCACAUAAGACUUUCACCUGCAUCACAAGAAAGUUCCUUGAUGCCAGUUAUAGAUGGGGAUAUUAUUCAAUUGGGUAUGGAUUAUAGAGGAGGUACUGAAGAAGUGUACCGACUGGUUAAAAUGAGAUGUCACUUUAAUAAUAGCUGGCAAAGAAAGAUGAAUCCAUAUAAUAUUGAAAUGUUUAAGAAGUUGCAAAUUGGAGAUAAACAAGCCACCGAGUGUUCCAUCUGUUUGAAUACAAUUCAGCCUGGACACCCUAUGUUUAUAAGUACGUGUGGUCAUUGGUGGCAUUAUCGAUGCAUACAUCCAUUACUACAAAAGAGCUACCCGCUGUUUUCAUGUCCUAAUUGUAGAUAUGUCUGUGAUUUGGAGUACUUUUCUGAAUCGGAAUAG